GGAAAUUUCAAAACUACUUUUGCUUUGAUACACUUUGAUACGUAAAGAACGAUGUUUGAAUGAAAAUGUGUUGAUUUUUUUGUUUUUUUCAAAGUUUAUGUUCAUUUGUUUAUUUAACAAUGUACGAAGAGGAGAACUGGGAUGACGAAAUAGCUGGUUUGCCUCCCAAAUCUAUGCCACAACCUCCUGUGGCUAGACAAGAAUGGAGACCAUCAUCUUCAUCUUUUUCAAGGGAACAAAAAUCAAACACACCCAGAAUGAAUACUGACACUACUUGGAUGGGAAAGUCUAGAGGAAGAGGAUUUUCUUCCAAUGCUGAUCAAGACAACAAUUGGAGAAAUAAAGACACAAAUACAAACUCUUUCAGUGGUAGAGGAGGCGGGAAUGGCUUUGGUAGAGGAGAUAAUUCAAACAGAGGUUUUGGUAGUAGUAAUGAUAGUGGACAGAGGUCAUUUGGCCAAAAUGAAGAUCAAAAUGGACAGGGUGAUUCUUCUACUUUACGUGUAGAUUCAUCAAAGAUUGGAAGAGUUAUUGGUAAAGGUGGAUCAAAGAUCAGAGAAUUACAGGAUGAAACUGGAGCUACAAUUAAUAUAAGCAAAGAAGAUGAUGGUAGUGGUCAAAAGGAAAUACAGUUAGAGGGGUCACCUGAUGCUGUAGCAAAGGCCAAAGAAAUGAUCAGUGAACUGACACAAGAUGAUGGUGGGGGUUUUGGACGGAGAGAAGAUUCAAACAGAGGCUUUGGAGGAAGAGACAAUUCAAAUAGAGGUUUUGGUAGAAGUAAUGAUAGCGGACAAAGUGAUUCUUCCACUUUACGUGUAGAUUCAUCUAAGAUUGGAAGAGUUAUUGGUAAAGGUGGCUCAAAGAUCAGAGAAUUACAGGAUGAAACUGGAGCUACAAUCAAUAUAAGUAAAGAUGAUGAUGGUAGUGGUCAAAAGGAAAUACAGUUAGAGGGGUCACCUGAUGCUGUAGCUAAGGCCAAAGAAAUGAUCAAUGAGUUGACACAAGAUGACGGUGGGGGAUUUGGUCGGAGAGAAGAUUCUAACAGAGGCUUUGGAGGAAGAGAAGAUUCAAACAGAGGUUUUGGUAGUGGCGGAGGAGGUUUUGGUAGUGGAGGUGGUUCAAACGGAGGAGGUUUUGGUAGAAGUAAUGAUAGUGGACAAAGUGAUUCUUCCACAAUACGUGUAGAUUCAUCUAAGAUUGGAAGAGUUAUUGGAAAAGGUGGAUCAAAGAUCAGGGAAUUGCAGGAUGAAACUGGAGCUCAAAUCAAUAUAAGUAAAGAUGAUGAUGGUAGUGGUCAAAAGGAAAUACAGUUAGAAGGGUCACCUGAUGCUGUAGCAAAGGCCAAAGAAAUGAUCAAUGAACUGACACAAGAUGACGGUGGGGGUUUUGGACGGAGAGAAGAUUCAAACAGAGGCUUUGGAGGAAGAGAAGAUUCAAACAGAGGUUUUGGUAGUGGUGGAGGAGGUUUUGGUAGUGGAGGUGGUUCAAACGGAGGAGGUUUUGGUAGUGGGGGUGGUUCAAACGGAGGAGGCUUUGGUAGAAGUAAUGAUAGGGGACCAAGUGAUUCUUCCACUAUACGUGUAGAUUCAUCUAAGAUUGGAAGAGUUAUUGGAAAAGGUGGAUCAAAGAUCAGAGAAUUACAGGAUGAAACUGGAGCUCAAAUCAAUAUAAGUAAAGAUGAUGAUGGUAGUGGUCAAAAGGAAAUACAGUUAGAGGGGUCACCUGAUGCUGUAGCAAAGGCCAAAGAAAUGAUCAAUGAGUUGACACAAGAUGACGGUGGGGGUUUUGGACGGAGAGAAGAUUCAAACAGAGGCUUUGGAGGAAGAGAAGAUUCAAACAGAGGCUUUGGUAGUGGAGGAGGAGGUUUUGGUAGUGGGGGUGGUUCAAACGGAGGAGGCUUUGGUAGAAGUAAUGAUAGCGGACCAAGUGAUUCUUCCACUAUACGUGUAGAUUCAUCUAAGAUUGGAAGAGUUAUUGGAAAAGGUGGAUCAAAGAUCAGAGAAUUACAGGAUGAAACUGGAGCUCAAAUCAAUAUAAGUAAAGAUGAUGAUGGUAGUGGUCAAAAGGAAAUACAGUUAGAAGGGUCACCUGAUGCUGUAGCAAAGGCCAAAGAAAUGAUCAAUGAACUGACCCAAGAUGAUGGUGGGGGUUUUGGACGAAGAGAAGAUUCAAACAGAGGCUUUGGAGGAAGAGAAGAUUCAAACAGAGGUUUUGGUAGUGGCGGAGGAGGUUUUGGUAGUGGGGGUGGUUCAAACGGAGGAGGUUUUGGUAGAAGUAAUGAUAGCGGACAGAGUGAUUCUUCAACUAUACGCAUAGAUUCAUCUAUGAUUGGAAGAGUUAUUGGUAAAGGUGGCUCAAAGAUCAGAGAAUUACAGGAUGAAACUGGAGCUACAAUCAAUAUCAGUAAAGACGAUGAUGGUAGCGGUGAAAAGGAAAUACAGUUAGAGGGGUCACCUGAUGCUGUAGCAAAGGCCAAAGAAAUGAUCAAUGAGCUGACACAAGACGAUAGAGGUCCACCAAGGUCAUUUGGUGGAGGCAGAGGAGGUGGUUUUGGAGGUGGUGGUGGCAGGGGAGGAGGAUUUGGAGGAGGUGGAUUUGGUAGCAACUCUUCAACAUCUAACACAGAGGCAGCACCUAUGGUUAACUGGGGUAUAAUCAGGGCCAAUAAAGAAAUCAAUGAAAAGAAAAAAUGGGAAGGUCUACCUCCAAUUGAGAAAAACUUUUACAUAGAAAGUCAAUCAGUAAAAAAUAUGUAUCCUGAUGAAGUGAAUGAAUUUAGAAAAAGCAAUAACAAUAUAACAGUAACAGACUUGUGUACUGAAGGAAGCAGAAAUAUACCCAAUCCUUGUAGAACAUUUGAAGAAGCUUUUGAGCAUUAUCCUGCAAUCCUGGACACCAUAUAUAACCAGAAGUUUACAAAACCUUCUCCAAUUCAGGCACAAGCAUGGCCAGUAUUAUUACAAGGUUUAGAUCUUAUAGGUAUAGCACAGACAGGAACAGGGAAGACAUUAGCUUUCCUUCUACCAGCUUUUAUACAUAUAGAUAACCAGCCAAUUCCUAGAGAAGAAAGAGGAGGACCCAAUGUUUUAGUUCUGUCUCCCACCAGAGAAUUAGCUCUUCAGAUUGAAACAGAAGUUAAAAAGUUUGACUACAAAGGUAUCAAAAGUGUAUGUGUGUAUGGUGGAGGAAAUAGGCGAGAACAGAUUAAAGUGGUGACCAAUGGUGUAGAGAUCAUUGUAGCCACACCCGGUAGAUUGAAUGAUUUAGUCAUGAACGGGAUAGUCAAUGUUAAAUCAGUCACAUAUUUGAUACUUGAUGAAGCAGAUAGAAUGUUAGACAUGGGCUUUGAACCAGAGAUCAAGAAAAUAUUGUUAGAUAUCCGUCCAGAUAGACAGACUGUUAUGACAAGUGCCACCUGGCCAGAAGGUGUACGUCGUCUAGGUGGACAAUAUCUGAAGGACCCUAUACAAGUAUUUGUAGGAAGUCUAGAUCUAGCAGCUGUACAUUCAGUGCAUCAGAGAGUUGAAUUGGUGGAUGAUGAUGAUAAGAAAGAUAGGUUGUUACAGUUUAUUCAAGAGGAAUUCCUUCCUACAGAUAAAGUUAUAGUGUUUGUGGGCAAGAAACUGAUGUGUGACCAUUUAUCCAGUGAUCUAAGUCUUUUAGGAGUUGACUGUCAGUGUAUCCAUGGUGACAGGGAACAAUGUGAUAGAGAGGCAGCAUUGGAGGAUUUUAAAUCAGGAGCCACUAGAAUAUUAAUAGCCACUGAUGUGGCUUCUCGUGGUUUAGAUGUCAAAGAUAUAACAUAUGUGUUCAAUUUUGACUUCCCCAGACAUAUGGAGGAAUAUGUGCACAGAGUUGGCAGAACAGGAAGAGCAGGGAGAACAGGUACUUCCAUAACACUUAUGACAAGGAUGGAUUGGAGAAAUGCAGCACAUUUGAUAGAAAUCCUAGUAGAGGCCAUGCAGGAAGUUCCUGAGUUUUUAGAAGAUAUGGCUCAACGUUGGGAAGCGAACCAGAGGAAGAGAGCAGAGGAGAGAGAAAGUCUCAAAGGAAUGGGAGGUGGUAGGGGUGGGGGUGGACGAGGAGGAGGAGGAAGAGGGGGCAGGGGGAGAAGAAGAGAAGACUUUGGUGUUUAUACACCAGCAUAUGGAAUAGCUUGAUGUUAGAAAGAAUAGGUAUGAGGCAAAAUGAUCUAGUCAGUGAUGUUCGGUUGUGAUUGUGUCAGUAGGUAAAUGUACUUCAUAAUGAAGUGGCUGGUUGUGUGACUGUUGGCGAAGAGAGAGAUAUUGUAGAAACGUUUGUUAUAUUUGUGUACAUCUGUUGAUAUAUUGAAAAUGAAAAUAAUGAACAAUUAAAGUGCAAUUUUCAUUGAAUAUGUGAUUGAUAAACAGUAUUGAAUAAACUGUUUUGUGUCUUUAUUAAUACAGUUGAUAGCUAUCAAAAUACACUUGGAUUCUAGAAAAUUUCAAUUGUGAAGUAAGAACUUAGAGCUAGAAAAAAAUGUAAUCCAAUAAUGUUUACUAUGUAUUUAGAAUAUUUAUGAUGGUUGAUACUGUAUUGUUAAAAAUAUGUUUUUACUGAGUUUUGAGAAAAAAUAAUUAAUGAUAUAUUCAUAAUUUGUUAAUCAGUUAACAUGAUUUUAAUGGUUUUUAUGUACCUAGAUAAAGCAUUACUA